AGUACAACAACCAACUACUCUCCUUCCCUCUAUAAUCUAUCGCAUUCACACCACAUAACAAAUACUUUCCUACUCUAUAUAAACACACACUCCCCUAACUCUCUUCAUCAUCCAUCACUCACACACAUCUCCUCUUGCAAACCAACAUAAAACACUAACUAAGAGAUCAAUAUGGCUGGAGUGAUGAAGUUGGCAUGCUUGGUCUUGGCCUGCAUGAUUGUGGCCGGCCCAAUCACAUCGAACGCGGCUCUAAGCUGUGGCUCAGUUAACAGCAACUUGGCACCGUGCAUUGGUUACGUGCUCCAAGGUGGUACCAUUCCCGCAGGGUGCUGCUCCGGCGUUAGAAACCUCAACAACAUAGCCAAGACGACCCCGGACCGUCAGCAAGCUUGCAAUUGCAUUCAAGGUGCCGCUAGAGCCCUAGGCUCUGGUCUCAACGCUGGCCGUGCUGCUGGAAUUCCUAAGGCAUGUGGAGUCAAUAUUCCUUACAAAAUCAGCACCAGCACCAACUGCAAGACCGUGAGGUGAUGAGCAAGGUCAGAUGAAGCUACUAGCGGAAGUUUCGAAUCCCUAUUAUAUAGUGGAUGAGAUUAAUAUUAAAUAAGAUGUUCGAAUGGUUGUUUUUAGAGUUUUUAAUUUCUUGUCUUUUUCUAUUGUGAUGUUCUUAUUAUGUGUUGUCUGUAUUAUGUUCGCAGACAACUUUAUAUGAAAUUUCAGACUUGAAGUUUAAGUUAUUCUAUAUUCUUACUAA